CACACCCCCAGCAUCAACGUCCUGCCCCGCAACGCGUCAGAUCGAGGACAGACGCGACUUAAACAAUGUGAAGGUCUGCCUCUUCAGCUGAACCGAAACCAAGAUGUCUCGGGCAGGAUCCUCAGCAGCAAGGAAUCUCACUCUCACUGAAGAGCUGGAAAGACUUGAACAGUCAAUCACGCUCACUCUGCAAGAGAUCGACUCAAACUUCAGCAGGGCACAUCGCAUAGUCACCACGAGCAUCCUGCCCUUGGUGGAGCAGUAUGGAGAGCACUCAAAGGCCGUGUGGGAGGCGUCAAAGUUCUGGAAGCAGUUCUUCGAGGCGUCGGCAAAUGUGUCCUUGUCAGGGUAUGAGGAGCUAGCCGCAGACGAGGAAACGACAGCUCACGACGAGACAACCGAGCACGAUGAGACGACAGCGGACUACACCCCGCGGCCGGAAGAUGGUGAUGCCCAUCAGGAGGCCUCAUACCAAGCACAGGACGACUCACUACUGGAUGGCGGAGACGGAGAUCUUACCGGGAGCACCCCCCGCGCGCCGGCGAGCAGGUCGAGGCCAAAGUUCGCCAAGCUCGGCUCUCCCUAUGAGGAGCUGAAGCGUGAGAUGAGAGGCGAGGAUGACCGCGCCUCAGAUGACGACUCCGAUACCGAGAUCGUGCCUCAUCAGCACACCACCAGACUGCCCGAUAUGUCCAUGACCCCACGGUCAUCAUUGGGCGCCGACGAGGCGACACAAGACGACAUCUUCUCCACCGCACAUAAGAAUAGGGAUCCCCUACUCCACAGGGUCCUUGACAAGAACUACCGCAUCCAAGCGACCCCGCACAAGCCGACCGGCGUCUCUCCCAUCAAGUGGAAGGUCACCGAGAAGCUCCAGCCGCAGGGCGGGGACAAGGGCAAGCAGCCAGCAUGGAAGGAUGACUCGCCUCAGUCUUCUCCCGAGAUGGCGAUCCCGACGCUGCGCAGUGCCGCGUUCAUGUCGCCCAUAAAGUACGGUGGCGCGUCUGCUGCGACGCGGACACCGGGCGUCAGCGUCCAGACGCCCGCAACCGCGAGGAAGACGAGGGACGUCUACGCGGACGAGGAGGGCAAGAGGGGCCGGCGCAAGGACGAUAUCACGUGGGAGAGUGACGAUGAGGACGAUGACGGCCUAUAUGGCGGAAUGAGCCCGCCCAAGACGAUCCAGUUUGCGCUGCCGCCGUCGAAGCUCCUGCAGACCCCAGCUCGAGAGGCAAGCAAGCGGAUUGUCGACGACAUACUCAUGACGGCCGGUAUGGAGCCCGAAGACUCGUCCGAGUACAGCCCUACAAUCGUCAAGAUGAAUGCAAACAUCUCGGACGACACGUUUUGAUUAGAAACUAUAGAGAAACUUGUAGUUUGAGAUUCCAUGGAGUCUCGGAUAAAAUGAAGACUCCAUGUCCGCCUUGGUAGGAUCCAUAUACACUAGGGUACUGCGUAUGUUGUAGGUGCGAUUCAAUCGUCCCAGGUUCAUAUCACUACGCAGAGACCUACUCCUG